GUUGUUGAAGGCAUCAGUCUCAUUCGAAAGUUGAGAGGAUAUACAACAUGUACGCUAAACUGUUCAUCGUUUGCGCCUUGGCCGUGGUAGCGCUGGCCCGCGAGUACCCCGCUGGAGUCCACCCAGCCAUCUGCCCCAACUACCCCUACUGCGAUGUCAAUACCUUGGCUCGCUUCACACCCGACGGUCAACCCAUCCCUGAGUGGGUCUACAACCCAUCCAUUUUGCCUGUAGCACCCGCUGACCCCAACGCCGCCGCUGCUCGUGAGUAUCCUGCUGGUAUGAACCCUGCGUCCUGCCCAAAUUACCCAUACUGUUGGUGAACAGUUUAACUAUUGGCACUCCAAAUAAACCCGACCGUUUUCUUGACAAUACCCGAUUUUUUACGAAAAUAUCACUAAACUUUUGAAGUGAUAUGCCAAAUUUCAUCUUGGCUUUAUCAAAUUACUUUUAGUUUCGUAUAAAAUCAGCGUAAUUGCAAAUUCACUGCCAUAACUCUAAAAUGUAAAUAAUUCGUGUGUUCAAAAUAAGUUUUAUAUACUGAGCAUUUGGUUUUGUAAAAAAACUG